AGUUUCCUCAUUCAAUUUACAAAUUGGCACGAGUCAAUUUAUUGCUUGACCGACAGGGGGCAGCAGGUGUCCAUAUGCUGGUUCAAACGGCCGCUAAUCGCUAGAAGAAGAAGAACUUUCUUCCCUUCGUUUCGUGUAGACGGGCUUAGGACACAGCUAAAAGGAGGAUCUCGAAUUUUAGUUUAUGAGUAUACUUUGUUUGUUUCUUUUUACUCAAGUGAAUUUGUAGUUAAAGUAAAAUGUCAGCCUGGGCGAAGUCAGCUGUGGGCGCGCUGCGGCCCUCAAGUAGCUCAAACGGGAGUGCUCAACAGCUUCGUUUGUUCCGGAGAGCAGCUCCGUACCCGACCAGGGAGGAGCGGAGCAGCGAGCUGAAGGAUGCUCUGGACAGUUAUGAGGAAUUAGAACAAAUGCAGAACUUUGGUGGCAGUGCAAAGAAGUUUGAGGGAUAUAAGCCGCAGCAGUCAUCUGCUAAGUCGGAGGUGUGCACUCCGUCAGACAGACGCAAAGCUCUGUACCAGAAGUUCUACAAGCAGGUCCAGGAGGAGAAGAAGCCGGCCGACUGCGUCGUCCUCUCCAUCACCAACGAGUGUCCGGAAUACCCCAAAUCGCUAAGCCAGUGCUUGCAGGAGCGCGGCCUGUCAGUGGAAAUGCUCUACCUCCAAGCGGAAUCAGGCCUGACCCGGGCCUUGCAGGAUGUCCGAGCAGAUGGCUCGCCGUUAUGUAUACUGGUGGAGCAGAAAAACAUAGCUCUGUCCUCCUGCACUGUUAUCAUUUUCUCAGAGUCCCUCAAAAUCCAUCGCAACAUGCCCAAAGAGCAAGCCAUGGAGCUGGUCCAGGCGGAGUACAGCCGCAGGAUGGUCAAAGACCGCUCCCCAAGGGACCCCGCCGACAUCGCGGCGCAGGCGUCUCAGCUGCUUGACGACUUUUUGGUUCGAGAGAAAGUUGAGCGCCACGUCGUUCCCACCGAAGUCCGGCAGCUGCUGCGGCUGUUGGCGGAGGGCGUGCACGUGUACCCCGAAGAGCUGGAGAUCAUCUCCGAGUACGUCAGCUCACGGCAGAACUACGUUCAAGUCUCAAACGUGGAGGUGGACGGGGGAAACGCCUCUCCUUCAACACUGGGGAAACCGCCUCCUCUGCUUCCCACCCCGCCACGCCCUUUACAGCCACAGUCGGCAUCUUUAGCAGGAAGCCUCCUGGGGGAGCACUCCCCUUCUCUACCGCUGCCACUCCUACCUUCACCAGGUUCUCACCUCAAAACCAAGCCUCCCCCUCUGCUCUCUCUGCAUGGACUGUCGGGGGCCCCCAUCUCUCGCGGCCCCCUGCUCUCACACAAUCCUUACGGCGGUCCCGGUAUUCCUCGAGGACCCCUGCUUUCUCACGUCCCUCCGUUCCACAUGGGCCUCCGAGGCCCCCAUGGUCCUCGAAUGCCCCUUCCCGCCUUGAAGAGCUCCCGUCCUCCACUUCUGGCCACUCCAGGGAUUCCUCGCCUGGCGGGCCCGCGGCACUGAAGCCCCACAGGCCUGUCGGUAUGCAGGCCGUAGUGCUUUUGAGCAUUUCAACUAGAGCAGGAAGUCCAAAACCUACGCGAAGAGUCCUCCACCGCCUCGUUUUUUAAAGCUGUCAACUACAUCUAUAACAUAUUCAAGAAGAAACAAAGCAGAGUGUCCCAACACUUCCCGCUCUCAGGAUUUUGUAGUUUACUUGCGUAGUGGCGCCCCCUGCUGGAUUUUCUUUUCAAGAUGGUGCUUAACCUGCGUGAUGGAACAGCAAAUGAGUUUGUUGUAGAAAAACGUAGAUUUGAACUCAGUUUGUACAGCUUAUGAGCAUGUUGUUACUUUUUGUGUUUUUGAGUUUUGACCAUAUUUUGUGGUUCCUAAACACAUCUGUCAGCCCUUUUUUUUCUCAACUAUGAAAAAGGAUUUGGAGGUUUCCUCCCAUCGGACCACUUUAGACGCCACCUAUAAAAUCCAGCAUCGAAGCUGCUGUCGCUUUCAUGUUUUGUACAUACCGCUCUACAUUUUUACAUGAAACUGUAAAUAUUUAGCCACUUCAGAGGAGACUUCUGGACAUGCAGUAGUACAAAAUCCUAACUUUCUCAAAAAUGUCUUAAGAUAAUUUAACAUGUUGGUAUAAUUUCAGACUUUUCAUGUGAUCUAUUUUUGUUUUCUUAAGAGAAUAAACAUGAAAAAUCAAAGUUCCAA